AUGUCAAAAAUGUGCUUGAUAUCACCUCACUGGCAGACUCGGAUCAAAGGCGUGCCACCAACUAGAUUUCCUCACAGCCUAUCAGUCGUAGAAAACAAAGCGUUUACGGAGCAGAACAAAGUAUUCAGUGAAGAGCUUCUCAAACAGCUUGAACGUCAAGUGAAACGGAACCAUAACACGGAAGUUCGCUUUUAUGAAACGCUGGAGAAAUACAAUGUGGACGACAUCCCUAUACCCAAGUUACUACUCUCAACUCUCCACAUAUUGUAA